GCAGAUUUUUCUUGCUCCUGGCACUGGCCACCGGUUCUGGUCCUACACCCAGUGAAGUCUGAACACCACCCUCUCUCUCUCUCUCGAAGAUCUUUUCUUCAUCUCUGUAGAUUCUUUGGUUCUUCAAUGGCAGAUAAGCUAGCUCUCCCUCUUCUAGUUCCCAGCCCCCCGCCUCCCAAACCACCCUUCUUUCAGGACCAAAACCCUCAAACCCACCAACCGCCAAAACCUCCGCUCUCCCCUCUCCUCCAAGACCACCUCCUCCGCCACAACAACCACCGCCCACCGACCGGAAGCCGCUUCAUCCCCAGAACGCGACGGCGUAUUGGCAAGAACCGCGACCCAAAUAGAGGCCAGCCCUGGUCUCACCACCGCCUCUCCCCCGGAGGUCAGCAAACUUUCCAAACUCUAAUCGCCCCUGAUUUUGAUACUGCCCAAUUCGAUGAAACGCUGCUCAAAUUGUUCAAUUCAGAUCCGAAAUUAUCUUUAGAGACGCUUUCUUUUGAUAUUUUGGGCAUAGUUAAGGGUUUAGGGUAUUACAAGAAAUCCGAGUUGGCAUUGAGGCUGUUCGAGUGGGUUCGGAACCGUGAAGACUGGGAAAUUCUGUUAAAUGGGUCGUCUCUUGCUGUGAUUAUAAGUUUUCUUGGUAAAGAGGGUAAGGUUACUGCAGCGGCUUCUUUGCUGCAUAAUUUACACAAAGGUGGUUUUGCUCUUGAUGUUUAUGCAUAUACUUCUUUGAUAAGUGCCUAUGCUAGUAAUGGGAGGUACAGAGAAGCAGUGAUGGUGUUCGAUAAAAUGGGGGAAGAGGGUUGUAAACCUACCCUGAUUACUUACAAUGUGAUUUUGAAUGUGUAUGGGAAAAUGGGUAUGGCAUGGAAUAGAAUUAUGGGUGUGUUUGAGGGGAUGAAGAGGUCUGGGGUUGGUCCCGAUGCAUAUACUUAUAAUACUCUUAUAGCUUGCUGUCGACGAGGGGCACUAUAUGAGGAAGCUAAUAAGGUUUUUGAGGAGAUGAGGUUGGCGGGAUUUCUGCCCGACAAGGUUACUUACAAUGCGUUGUUGGAUGUGUAUGGGAAGUCUAGGCGUCCCCAAGAAGCCAUGGAGGUUCUGCGGGAGAUGGAGGUCAAUGGGUUUUCACCUAGUGUUGUAACUUAUAAUUCAUUGAUAUCGGCUUAUGCUAGGAAUGGCUUACUUGAUGAGGCAACGCUGUUAAAGUCCCAAAUGGUGGAAAAAGGCAUUAAGCCUGAUGUAUUUACGUAUACUACUCUGUUGUCGGGAUUUGAGAAGGCUGGUAAGGAUGAGUCGGCAAUGAGGGUUUUCAGGGAGAUGAGGAGUAUGGGUAGUAACCCAAAUAUCUGCACUUUUAAUGCACUUAUUAAGAUGCGUGGGAACAGAGGAAACUUCACAGAGAUGAUGAAAGUUUUUGAUGAUAUCAAGAUGUGUGGAUGUACCCCUGAUAUUGUCACGUGGAAUACUCUUCUUGCAGUAUUUGGGCAGAAUGGGAUGGAUACAGAAGUGUCGGGAGUCUUCAAGGAAAUGAAGAGAGCAGGUUUUGUAGCUGAGAGGGAUACUUUUAACACCUUAAUCAGCGCUUACAGUCGCUGUGGAUCUUUUGAUCAAGCCAUGGUUGUUUAUCAGAGAAUGUUGGAUGCAGGAGUUACUCCAGACCUCUCCACCUAUAAUGCUGUUUUAGCUGCACUGGCACGGGGUGGACUAUGGGAACAGUCUGAGAAAGUACUUGCCGAGAUGAAGGAUGGUAGAUGCAAACCCAAUGAAUUAACAUACAGUUCUUUGCUGCAUGCUUAUGCCAAUGGAAAGGAAAUUGGACGGAUGCAAACUCUUGCAGAAGAAAUAUACUCUGGUGCAAUAGAACCCCAUUCUGUGCUAUUAAAAACCCUUGUUCUAGUCAAUAGCAAGAGAGACCUUUUGAUGGAAGCAGAACAAGCUUUCUUGGAAUUGAGAAGAAAAGGUUCAUGUCUUGACAUAACUAUUCUGAACUCCAUGGUUUCAAUUUAUGGUCGGAGGCAGAUGAUUGCCAAAGCCAAUCAUAUACUGAACUUCAUGACUGAAAAUGGAUUUACUCCUACCUUGACGACUUAUAAUAGCUUGAUGUACAUGUACAGCCGGUCUGGCAACUUUGAAAAGUCUGAAGAAAUACUGAGGGAUAUAUUAGCAAAAGGAAUUAAACCUGAUGUAAUUUCAUACAACACUGUUAUUUUUGCAUAUUGCAGAAAUGGUCAGAUGAGAGAAGCAUCACGGCUAUUCACUGAAAUGAAAGAAUUGGGUCUUAUCCCGGAUGUGAUCACGUACAAUACUUUUGUUGCAAGUUAUGCUGCCGAUGCCAUGUUUGUUGAGGCAAUUGAUGUGGUUCGAUACAUGCUCAAACAUGGCUGUAAACCAAACCAGAGCACCUACAACUCCAUUGUUGAUAGGUAUUGUAAGCUCAACCGUCAUGAUGAGGCAACAAUGUUUAUCAAUAACCUUCGCAAGAUUGAUCCACAUGUUUCUAAGGAAGAGGAAUGUAGAUUGUCAGAACGCUUGUUGAAGAAAUAGUUGUAGAAGGGCCUCUUCAUAGAAGUUGGAUGCUCUUAACCUCCAAAACUUGUAGACACACUUUACUUUCAUUCCACUUUCUCUGCCGAUGUCACACAAAUUCUGACAUGUUGAUGGGAAGAUACUUAAUAUAGUUGCACAUAUUUCUCUAAAAUCUUGAGAAUUCUGUUGGCUGCUAUUCAGGAGCUUAUGUAUUUAAGGUCCUUGACCUAUUACUUGUAUGUCUGGGCACACCUCAUGCAGCACAAAUAGUAUACGGCAAGGAAGAAGAAUCAGUUGAGGUAUAUAGAUAUGUAAUAACCUGUUUACCUCACAUUAAUCACAUAGAAAACCUUUUUAUUUCCGUAAAAAAGAUAUGGUGGCUGACUGGCUGUCACUUGAUUCUUUCGUACUAGUGUUGUUGUUUUACUAAUUCGUGCAAUUGUAUUACAUCAUUAUCUUGAAUUGCUGCCUGGAAUGUAUUGAUGCAUCAUUUGUAUUUUGGAAUUCAAUGGAUGAUAGAGAAUUUUAGAGAA